AUGUGCCUGGACCUGUCAUGCAAUGUCUCCCUCACCAUCAUGAUCCUCCUUGCCAUUGUAGUUCCCAUCAACACCACAACGAUCUACAUCACUGCAACAUCUACUAGCCCAUCUUUGUCCAUCACAUCAGUUCAUGUCCCUUCAUAUGAUGCUAACAACAAGCAAGAAGUAUGGCCUCAUGGAAUGUACACUGUUGAUAUGGCUGCUGGCUUUUGUCAGCUGGAUGACCCUACCCUGCAUGUUCCCUACAUCAAGGCCACAUAUCACCAAAACCAUCAGGCAUGGAUUGAGGCUAACCCAAAAAUACGUAAAGCCCAUGAGCUGGCAAAGUAUGCAGCUGGGGGUCUCUGGAAGCACUUCUUGCAUGCACAUCAGAUUGCAACAGGGAAACAAAUCAAAUUGCUUGGGGAGUUGGAAAUUGAGCUGUAUGGUCACACACUGAAACGAUUGGUGGAGGGCAUCAUGGAUGGCAAUGUCAAGCUAUAUGUGGAGGGUGUCACAGAUGGUGAUGUCAAUCUUGGGGCUGUAGAAUGCACCAUUGCCAGGGUUGACUUCCCAUUUACCUGGAUAUUGCUUAUCGAGUGCUUUGGCAGAACACGUUUAACAUUGGGAGAAGUGUCUAAUGAGAAGUAUGAGGGUGGUGAGGAGACUUGCCCUGAGCAUGUAAAGUAG